AGACGCCUGCGCAGUAGCACGUCAAUGCAAGCCGCUCAUUUCCCUGCCACUUGAAUUUCCCAGCCCGCUAACAACAUGGAAAGAAAAGUACUUGCUGCUCAAGCGAGAAAGAAGAGGACAAAGACCAAAAAAACAGGAAAAAGGCCGGAGGCGGCGUUGCGGGGAGCACCCCCGCAACCAGACUCUCCCCUCCCAGAACAGCAGGAAGUCCUGGGCUCUGACGAGGAUGAGCAGGAGGACCCCAAUGACUACUGCAGGGGGGGCUACCACCAUGUGAGUAUCGGGGACCUGUUCAGUGGGAGGUACCACGUGAUCCGCAAGCUGGGCUGGGGACACUUCUCCACCGUGUGGCUGGCCUGGGACAUCCAGGGAAAGCGUUUUGUGGCCAUGAAGGUGGUUAAGAGUGCAGAGCACUACACAGAGACAGCCCUGGACGAGAUCAAGCUGCUCAAAACAGUCAGGAACACUGACCCCAGUGACCCCAGCAGAGAGAAGGUUGUUCAGUUGCUAGACGACUUCAAGAUCUCAGGCGUGAAUGGAACCCACGUGGUGAUGGUGUUUGAGGUGCUUGGUCACCACCUGCUCAAGUGGAUCAUCAAGUCCAACUACCAGGGUCUCCCCCUGCCCUGCGUCAAGAGCAUCAUACGGCAGGUGUUGCAGGGUCUAGACUACCUCCACACCAAGUGCAGGAUCAUCCAUACAGACAUCAAGCCUGAGAACGUGCUGCUGACGGUGAACGAGGCCUACAUCAGGAAGAUGGCCGCCGAGGCCACUGCCUGGCAGCGCUCCGGAGCCCCGCCCCCCUCAGGCUCAGCAGUAAGCACAGCCCCAGCACCCAAACAAAUGGUGAAGAUAUCUAAGAACAGGAAGAAGAAGUUGAAAAGGAAGCAGAGGAGGCAGGCAGAGCUGCUGGAGAAGAGGAUUCAAGAGAUGGAGGGAGCACCUGCGAGAGGCGAGGAGGAGGAGGAGGAGGAGGAGGAGGAAGAGGACACUACAGAAGCCACAGACGGCAGCCUGGCUGAUGCCGGCUCCACACUGCAGGACAUCGCCAGCGCAGACGCCGUGACAGAGAUCUGGAGUCAGGAGGAGAAACUGCCCCCAGACAUGAGGGAGGAGGAGAAGAGGAAGGAGGAGGAGAUCAGGGGCGAGGAGCAGGAGAACAGUAAGGAGAUGAACUGCAAUGGCCACGCACCCCUGGAGAGCAAGAUACCGAGGACCAAUCAGGAGCAGAGAGAGGAGGAGGACCAGCAGAAUGCUAACGAGACCCGGCCUGACCACAAUGCCAUGACCAGCCAGCCCUACCCAGCAUGCAACGGGACAGGUCCUGGUGAUCUGUACGACUCCAUUCCUAUGAGCCCUGACCCUGACAUGGAGGGUAAAGAACCUGGAGGGGAGGAGGAGAGGAAGGAGGAGGGGAGGGAGGAGGCAAUGGAGCUGGAAGGAGAAGCCAGCAGAGAGGACGAGACGGAGAAAUCGAACGCCUCCAUGACAGCAGACAGCCUGCUAGUGAAUCCGUUGGAGCCCCAGAAUGCUGAGGUGCUGCAGGUGAAGAUGGCCGACCUGGGUAACGCCUGCUGGGUGAACAAGCACUUCACAGAUGACAUCCAGACCCGUCAGUAUCGUUCUCUGGAGGUGUUGAUGGGGGCUGGAUACAGCACCCCUGCUGACAUCUGGAGCACUGCAUGCAUGGCGUUUGAGCUGGCUACUGGAGACUACCUGUUUGAGCCUCACUCUGGAGAGGACUACUGCAGAGAUGAAGGUACUGAUGCUACGCACACAUAUACCUACACACUUUCUCGCUGUGUUAAAGUAAUCUCUUCUCUUUAUCCCUUUAUCUCCUCCAUCUCACUCCUCUCACACACAGACCACAUAGCAUUGAUCAUCGAGCUGUUGGGAAAAGUACCUCGUAAGCUCAUCAUGGUGGGGAAAUACUCGAAGGAGUUCUUCACCAAGAAAGGUGAUCUGAGGCACAUCACUAGGCUAAAGCCCUGGGGUCUGCUGGAGGUGUUGGUGGAGAAGUAUGACUGGUCCAGAGAAGAGGCCCAGACCUUCUCUAGCUUCCUGCUGCCCAUGUUGGACCUGGUCCCAGAGAGGAGGCCCACGGCUGCAGAGUGCCUCCGUCAUGCCUGGAUAGCCCCCUAGAGGCCCCUCGCUGCCCUGCAUGCUGCCGCAUCAUGGGGAUUACACAUGAAUACACACACACUUUUAGACAGGAUGAUGUGUAACAGCAGAUACAUGCCCUGUAGAGGGCCUGUGUUUGCACAUCAUGCUCUCAUCACCCCCUUGUAGACACACACAGAGACUGGCUGAUGAACUCAGUUGACGCCCGUCAGUAACUCAGCUACCAGAGGACCCAGGAGCACCAUGUCAUCGUCCUGCCGUCUUUAGUCACCUGCUUGUGUCCCCUGUCUUCUCUCUCUCCAUCAUGUGUUCUAUGUUUCAAUCAGAGAUCCUUCCUCGUAAGUUCAGGCUUGUCAGUUUGAAGAUAUGAGAACGUGAGGCUCUCAAAGGAAAGGCUGGGCUACACACACCCUCAUCAACAGGAAAACACUGUUUGCGACCUCAACAUUAGAAUAUUAGUUAGUUUGUAUUUUUUACAUAAAGAAAUAGGAAACCUCAUUUGAAACCUGAAGAAAGGAGUGUUUUGGUGUGUAGGACUAGGUGAGCAGCUAACUGGGAGGGGAUGCAGGUUGGGUUGUCUCCCUUUUAUUCUGGUCCCUGUCCUCUAGUCCCUGUCCAGAAGUCUCCCUCUAGUCCCUGUCCAGAAGUCUCCCUCUAGUCCCUGUCCAGAAGUCUCCCUCUAAUCCCUGUCCAGAAGUCUCCCUCUAGUCCCUGUCCAGAAGUCUCCCUCUAGUCCCUGUCCAGAAGUCUCUCUCUAAUCCCCGUCCAGAAGUCUCUCUCUAAUCCCUGUCCAUAAAUCUCCCUCUAAUCCCUGUCCAGAAGUCUCCCUCUAGUCCCUGUCCAGAAGUCUCCCUCUAGUCGUGAACAAGGUGUAACAGAGAAUGGCAGGUGUCAGUAAAUUUUUUUUUUACAUGACUGUGUAAACGACAUUUCCUGUAACCGAGGCUUCUCUCCUGAUUAUCCUGGAUGAAGAACACCAGAAGCCACACGUGCGACUGGUUCCCACACGUAUCUUGUACAUGUAUGUAUCAGUUAGCCAAGGUGCUCUGUGUCUGCAGCUUUUCUGAACAGUUUCUAGAAGCAGAUGUUGUCUACUUUCGUUAUAAAGGUUGGGUGUAAAAAAUGAAAACAAUAAUUUUGAAUGACAUUUGUAGAUGCGUUGAUGAGUUUUUGCAAAUUGCUGCAUUUUAAAAGCUUAUUUUCAUACUGUGGCCCUUCCCCCAUCAACAUGCUGUUACAACAGUAUUUGAAGCCAACAAACAAAAAGGAUUGUGCAGAUACUACGGUAUGAAGGUUGUUCACCGCUCUACCAGGAAACAGGCCUCCAGUGGUCCACCCCAACCAUCAGCCUGCUACUGUCUACAAAGCACAACUCUCAUAGUCUCUCUCCCUCUCCUCGCCCCCUCCCUGCAUUUGAUUGUAAAACUAUUAAAACAAAGACCUUUUUCUG